AGUGAUCCAGGAUGGUUUUUUAAAAACAAUUUUCAGCAUUUGAGGCUGAAUCUACCUUUAGCUUUCAUGGUAAGUGGUCCUCUCCUUUUCCUUUUAAAAGCCUGUUGGUUAAUGGCUGUGGACGGACUCGGUUUCCUUAAGGAUGUAUCUGAGAGCAAGAAGAGCCAUGAUAGAUCAGAGCAAGGAUUACAUUUGCCCAAGGUGCGAAUCUGGUUUUAUUGAAGAGCUGCCCGAAGAACCAAGAAAUGUUGAAAAUGGGUCCAGCUCUUCAGCCUCAACCAGUGACCAGGCCAGACAUCCGUUUGAGAAUGUGGAUCAGCCCCUCUUCACCCUCCCGCAGGGCUACGGCCAGUUUGCCUUUGGGAUAAUCGACGACAGUUUUGAGUUCCCAGCCUUUGGGUCCAACACACAAACAGAAGAUAACCGCGAUGCUGAGAACAGGCGGGAAAGAGAACAUCAGUCUCGGCACCGAUAUGGAGCCAGGCAACCUCGGGCUCGUUUCACCACACGACGGGCGGCUGGCAGACAUGAGGGAGUCCCCACACUAGAAGGAAUUAUCCAGCAGCUGGUCAAUGGAAUUAUAGCACCGACCACGAUACCAAACCUUGGAGUAGGACCUUGGGGAGUCUUGCAUUCAAAUCCCAUGGACUACGCUUGGGGCGCCAACGGCUUGGAUGCCAUUAUUACUCAGCUCCUGAAUCAGUUUGAAAACACCGGCCCGCCUCCUGCAGACAAGGAGAAGAUUCAGGCCCUUCCAACUAUUCAUAUAACAGAGGAACAUGUCGUAUACCUGCACCUGGACUUCUCUGGUUCUAGUCUGUGGUCUUUUAACAGCUAG